AUGAGAAAUGGAACCGUUAGGAUCCGUGGACGUUUACGCAGACGAUGUACGGCAUCCUUGGCUGACAAUCAAAUCAGUCCUAGCGAAGAGGAAGCACCGAUCAUCAAGAAAGAUGUAAAUAAGGCACUUAUUUCUCAGCGUUUAUUACGUCUGCCUCGAAAUGAAGUUGUUGGAGAUCUGGACAAUUUUUCUCAACGUCAGCACUUUACUACAGACUUCGCAGAGAACAAUGAAGAUUCAGAUAAUGAGCAGUAUUUGGCAAAGCGGAAAUUUUAUAUUGUCGCUGGUGGUGGGGUUCCAUCGGAAUUAUAUAGAACAGAUUUAUUACACAGAAUGAAACAGGAAGAAGAUAGCGAUGCGUCAUCGGAUGAUGAAGCGGCAUUUGUAUCAAUGAGUGAUCGUUGGAAGGAAGAAUGGAAUCAUGGUGUGCAGGUUCCACUGUGUAAGAAGUUACCAGAUUUUGUUGUUCACCACUUUCCAUGUUCCUCAUCUUCACGAGUACGGCCACGAAUUUUUCCGAAAAGGGAUGGUUCAUUGAUCUCAGUUCAUGAUCGUCGAUAUAUUGGUGAUAAACACAAGCGUGUAAUUAUGCCGAAAUUACGUAGUUAUCAAGCAGAUCGAUUUGACCGUGUAUUUUUGUCGAAAUUAAAUGAAAAACGAAUCGCUGUUGGGUUGCCACUAAUCAGUGAAAAGACUUUUGGCGAAGUUAUGGAUAAAUUGGAGGCAAUAUUUAGCGACCUCAUUUCAUCUAUUGCUUCUCCUAUCGCAUCCGCAGAUGCAGAAUUUGAUGAAAACGUUUGUUGUGAUAUAUGUCGUCAGCCGGAUUAUGAAGAAGAUGAUAAAAUUAUAUUCUGUGAUGGUUGCAACGUGGGUGUACAUCAGUCUUGUUAUGGGCUCGAUUCUGUCCCGUCAGAUGAAUGGCUUUGUCAGAAGUGCAUGCUUCUUGGUUACAAUGCCUUUCCUCAGUGCGUGCUAUGUCCGCUUACUGGUGGUGCAAUGAAGUGCACAAAAGAAGGCGACACGUGGGCACAUAUUGUUUGCGCACUUUGGAUAUACGAAGUGCGUUUUGCGGAUGUUGUUCAUCGUGAACCAAUUUCGAAUAUUUGUGAUAUACCUUAUGGACGGUGGAUGCUCAGAUGUUCAGUAUGUGGUACGAAGCAAGGAGCUUGUAUUCAGUGUUCUGUAGAAACAUGUACAACUGCUUUCCAUGUGUGCUGUGCACUUCGCAGUGGACAGGUAAUGCGUAUAGAGCAUGAUAGCGACGAUGGCAAUGAUGACGACAGUGUUGAUGAUGAUAAUGUUCGCAUGGUUAGCCUCUGUAGACAGCAUUCAAUGGAGAAAAUGUUUGACUCCAAUCUGAGAUUUUGUAGCCCAGAUGCUCUGUGUACGACUACAUUAACGUUACAAGAAAUGGAACGGCUAUUUUUUUUGUACGUAACUGUGGAAGGUAUCGCUGGUAUGCUAUCACUUAGCGAAGAUGUGGUUUCGGACAUUUAUGAAUAUUGGAAGUUGCGUCGUAUUGAUAAUGGAUACAAACCACUACUGAACGAUAAAUCGGAGGUUGAGCGACAAAUAGCUGUUCGUCUGCGAUCAUCUCCCUUUGCUGUUCUGCCUGGUAGACAACGAAACGAAGCAGUAAUACGGCAAAAUUUGGAAAAGGCGCGUAAUUUAUGUUAUAUGGUAGGAAAACGAGAGAAGAUCAAAUUAUGUGCAUUGCAAUGCUGGAUUAAUACAUACAAAUAUGUCUAUCAGAUGCUAACUGAGAAGAAUGUUCCUUAUAGUAGCAGAGUCUUAAAAAAAUGCAUUCAUGCAGUGAGCUCGAUGCAACAAGCAUCAUCAGACUCAGGUGAUGUUGCAAUUUCAUUAGAAAAUCUUGUUUCGUCGCUGAGAUCCCCAUCUCCUCUGCGAAAGCAAUUGUCAACAAACAAUCGCAUUCGCGAAAGAAAUGGAUUAUCGCAUCACUUGCGAAAGCACGCCUUGCAGAAGGUUCUUUUCGCUGCAGAUACAUUUAUUAAAAAUUCCCAAGAAUCAUUUGCCUCGGGUCGUUAUAGUUUGCGGGCAUAA